AUGGCUGAGUGGGGAAAAGGUGAUCCUCGUUGGAUUGUAGAAGAUCGUCCAGAUGCUACAAAUCCAAAUAAUUGGCAUUGGAAAGAAAAAAAUGCUACACAAUGGUCAAAAGAUAAAUUAAAUGAAUUAUUAGUUGGACUUAAAAUAGAAAAUGACGAAUAUACUUGUGAAAUAAAAGAAUUAAAACGAUGUUCAGGUGAAGCAUCAGCUAAUAAUCGAAAAGCGAAACUUGUUUUUCUUUAUGAAUGGCACAUCGAAGGUUCAUUUGAAAUACCAAAUUUAUCUGAUGAAAAUGAUAUUGAUGAAGUUAAUAUAACAUUUUCUGCUGAUAAAUCUAAAGGUGAAAAAUUAAAAGAAAUAAUGAAAAAAGAAGGUGAACCAUUAAUACGACAAAAACUAGCUGAUUAUAUUCGUUUACUUAAAGAAGAAUUUUCUCAAGGACUUAUUUUACCAACUAAAAAUACUAUAAUAACUACUAAUACACAAUCUAUAUCAUCAACAAAUAAUACUAAAACUGUUAUUCAUACACCAUUACCAAUAAAUCAAAAUAAAUCACCAACUAUGACAAUGCGUGAUGUGAAACUUCAUGAUACAUUUAAAUGUACGAAAAUAGAAUUAUUUCAAGCAUUUUGUGAUAUGAAUAAAGUUAAAGCAUUUACACAAAAUAGUGUUUCGCAAUAUGAUUGUAGAAAAGGAGGAUUUUUCUCGUUAUUUAGUGAUAAUAUAACAGGACGUUUUGUUGAUAUUGUACCUUAUGAUCGUAUUGAUAUGUUAUGGCGUUUUAAAUCAUGGCCUAGUGAUCAUUAUUCACAUGUUUCAUUAUUAUUUCAUGAAGAUACUGAUGAAACAAAAAUUGUUAUACAACAAACAGGUGUACCAAGUCAAUUUUAUGAUAAUACAGUGGAAGGUUGGAAACGUUUUUAUUUAGAAAGUAUUAAAUCAACAUUUGGUUAUGGAUCACGACUGCUUUAG